AUGGCUGCUGGAACCUCAAAAGAGCUUCCUGCUUGUGACAACAAGGGCGUCUUUAGCAGCUUGACAUCGAUGUAUACGCGCGUGAAUAGUGGUGAAGAGGAUAUUGACUAUGUUCAGUGCUUGGACAAAUUGAAAAAAUGGAUUGACGAGGUACCGUCAGUGAACUGUUCGGCCAUGUUGGCACGAGUUGUUGUUAUAGUGCUACGCAACUUACCUACAAAAAUACAUGACUUUGCGUACGAUCUCUUGAGUAAGUUAGGUGAGGGCAGUGGUGGCACUAUAAAAUCACAGACAGCUGUAGUCGUUCUGAUAGAUCUAUUUGAAAUGUUUCCAAAUUCCCUUACGUCAUUGAUGAAUUUUUCGGCCACUCAAGUUUACAAAGCGCUCAAGAAAGUUCCAGAUAGUAAUGUGAACAUGGUUUAUCUUUUGAAUUCAAUCACAAAAAAUGCCACGAGAGCUGACAUAGAUGAAAAAUUUCAGGCCAAGCUUUUAAAACUCGUCACGAAGAACAUUAAUUCGAAAGCAACUUCUCUCGACUUGAAAUUAGAGUCUGGUAAACAAAUCGACAAUCAGAACAUAUCUUCAAUAAUCCUCAAAAGGAAUUACAUAUUGGUUUUCAAGAAUUUACUAUUACUAUCCAUAUCGUCUCAUUAUGAAAGUUUAUUGUCUACAUCUGCGUCGUCUUCUGCAGGCUCUAAGCUAAAACCUGAAUCAAUUAUGAUUCAACAGCAUCAAUUUCAAACCAAUUUAUUGACAACUAAUGAAAAGUUUAUUAAUUUCGGUUUAUGCAAUUACAAUAAGGACAUCAGGAUAGCAACUGUCGAGCUAUUAGCAACUGUACUUUUGAACUUUGUUCCAACAGGCGACCAAUUCAAUGCUGUAACCUAUUUGAUCGCUCAAUAUACUUUACCUUUGGCAAACGUAUGGAAUGAUUCAUUAAGUGCAACCGUUGACACGGAAGCAGAUUCUUUAACAUUUAUCAAUAGGAAAGAAAAGAACACCUUGACGAGUCAUGAUAGUGAAUUGAUUAUUCAAAACCACACGGGAACAUUAUUAUUUCAACUGGGCAUAGUGGAGACUUUGAUAAUGUAUAUCCAACUCGAGCAAUUUCAGGAUCCUAAUUACUUAUCAUUCAACUUACAGUUUAUCUUGGAUGAAGUAUUAACUAAGUUCUGUGCAAUUAAUAAUCUGAAAAAUCACAUCCAAAAUCAGUAUUGGAAUAAAACUUUGAAACAUUGGACUUUAUUUCUAGACUGGAUUUUAAAGGAAAGUGGCUCCAAUUGUCAUGAGAUUUUGGCUGAAUAUGUGCUAUCGAAAUUCAAUGUUCAUGGAAAAGUUGACGAAGAAAAAUCACUGUCUACGUCAUCUCUUAAAGAGAAAAAGAAAGAAUCAGUUUUCAAUUUUAACACCGCAAAGGGCUCUUUAAAGAGUAGGCAAAAUUUUUUGAAACGUAUCCUUCCUUACCAUAAUUCAUACCAGUCGUAUCUAUUACUUUAUAUGAUAGAGAUACUUUUACCUUUUGGGAUUGAUUUCAGCUCUAGCGUACAGAGAAAAGAAGAAGAAGCUAACCAAAAAAAUGAAGAAAUCGAUGAAGAGCAAUCUCAAGAAAGAGUCUCCAUGAAGCCGGCUUUUGUUCGAGAUAUCAUUUUAAAAUUGCUAAUAAAUCAAGAUGAUUAUAUCAGAAACUAUGCCUUGAAAACACUUCUAGUGUACGCAUCUUGUAACGAAAUCGAAAUCAACCAGUUGAUUUUGAGGUUAUUCUCGUUGGUUAACCAAGAACAACGAAGCGCAGAGACCAAAAGUAACUAUGGUCAUAAUGAGGACAAUAUAUCAAACUUGGAGGCGGUCAGGCUAAUGAGCUAUUCAUUAGCAUUGCUGUCUUUAAUCAAACAUUCCGAUAUAACACUUUUACAGAAUGCCACGAUCGUUAAAAUAUUGAGUUUCUGUACUCAAAAUUUGAAGCACAACAAUAAUACUAAUUAUCAAACCUUUUUGAAGAACUCAUCUUGCUGGGUCAUUUUAUCGUCACUUGUCACUUUUUAUAAUGAUUCAGAAAUUGUAAAGUUGAACUCUUCCCAGUUUUUGGUCUUUUGGAAAAGUUUGUUGACAUCACAAUUUAUAAGUUCAUCUUUAGAUUUAAGCAACAAAGAAGGUCAACAAAUUGAAAUAAUAGAAAACUUGAAAAUGAGAAACUUUAGUUUAGUUUGUCUUUUAAACUAUUUGAAUUCAGUCAAAUUGACUCCAGAAUCGGUUAAGCAAUUGAGAUUUUUAUUAACAAAAUCGUUCAACUAUCUCAAUUAUUUGGAAAGCAAUAUACCAAGUAUUGGCCCAAUCACAAAUUUCAGUACCAUACAUUUUAAUGAAUCUGAUUAUAAUCCCAACUUAAUUAAUAAUAUCCAAUAUUCAAAUUACAGUGCUAACAAGAAGCUUUCGUUUGAAAAUAUGAUGAUUAGUUUGAUACUCUACGGAAAGAAGAUAUUAUUGCUAAGCUUUCUCAAACUUGUGACAUUGCUGUCAAAUGAUAUUAACUCUAAUAUUGUUUUAUUCCUUAUGAAGGUCUUCAGCGACUCUAAAACAUUUUCCCGAGUCUCAUCUGAAUUCUCCAAGGAGAAGUCUAAGGCUUCUCGAACUAAACCUAGUUCAAAAAUCGUUAAAGAUUAUGACUCGGCUGAUAUUAUUUUGUCUGAAGAUUAUAACUAUUCGUUUGGAAUAACAAGUAAAUUUAGAGCUAGAUCUGCUAAUAUUGACGAGCUUUUGAUUAAGUUUCAUGAAAAUUUGGAUGACAAUAAAAGAGUAAGUGAUAUCUCUUAUAAAGACACAUUUCAAAAGGACGUCGGGCAGAUUCCUGACGGUUCCAUCGAAUUACCUCUCGAGAACCAAUAUCAAGCUUGGUUCGAUGCCUUUGAAGAACUCAUAUUUAAGUCUGUUGAUAAUAGCAUCAACUAUGACCCUAAUAUUUUCUUGCUUAAUAGGUAUUCGGUCUAUGAAAUGUAUUCUGCGAACUUGACUACUUCACUAGUGGAUUUGUCAGUCGAGCUUUUUCUGCUUAUUUUCCCACAUUUAAGUUUGAAGAUUCAAUUUUCUUUGUUGGAACAAAUGAGGAAUUCAGUAACUGCUCAAGUCCUUGACCCGCUAAGACGUACAGCUACUCAUGUUAAUGCAUCUGUUGCAUUACAUGGUGUCUUGAGUAACGCUUCGCAUCGAAAUUAUAGCAUGGAUCAAGAGAUUGUGAAUGUUAUUCUUGAUAUUUUAGAAAAACUUGACAACAAGGCGAAGAAAAUCGUGAUUAUAAACUCAGAUUCAGUUGGCUUAGCUUCUGGUUUCUUAAGUGUUCAAAAAUCUGGCGAGUUAUUAAAUAAAUUUGUUAAUAAUAUCGUCCAGGAUGUCAAUCCAUUUCACAGAGGAUGGUAUAUUUUGUCUUUAUCGAAGAUAUAUCAUACUCAGCAUUUGAAUUUCAGUGAAGUCUACAGCGUUGCUUCACAACUCCUCAAAGAUUCAAAUCCUGUAGUAUACUAUUUCAGCUUGGAGGCCGUCUAUAAUAUACUUGAAAGUAACUUGGAUAAUCUUCAUUUAGUUAGCAAACUUUUGGACACUCUUCUUGAAAACUACUUGAAUGACGAUUUUGGAUAUGUUGUUAAAAAUAAGGUGUUAGUGAAUCUCAAAUGUAAAUAUGGAAGCAUGGGAUCUUUGACUAAGUUGGUUCGCUUAAUAGUCAGUACCAUUGGGCCCAGUUUAAAGGGUUGGCUUGCAGCGGACAAGAUUAAAAUUAGUAGCUUCAUUAUUGCCUUAAGUGAUGAAAUAGGGUCAUGCACGAUCGAAGAUGCUCUUGAGCUGUAUCAACACUUGCUACAAUUAUUUAAAGAAUUAUUAAUCUAUGAUCCAAAGCUAUUCAGUUCAGAUCUUACAUAUUUGACUGAGUUCUUGAAUAUGAUAAUUUCUAAAAAUUUGAAACUUGGUAUCACAAGUAUCAGCCCGACAUCAAUCAACAAAGAAGCUAUUUUUCCCUUCAACACAAGCUUUGAUUUGUAUCGAUCAGCUUAUGAGUGCUAUGUACAAUUAGUGAAGAUUAAAGGAGUCGAUAUUUUUACCAAAGAAAGUGCUAAGUUAUUCUGGGUUUGUAUGAACACGAAGCCUUGUCCUGAAUUGAAAGAAUUAAUAUCUUUGUGGUUGGAUUCUAGCUUGGAGAUCAAUUGGUUGGCAACUUUGAAUUCUUUAUUCAAAUAUCCGUCUAAGAAAUUACUGGGUCCCUUCAUUGAAAUAAAUUACCAGCAAAAAUUACUUCCCUUACAGCAAAGACUGAAAAAGAAGAAAUCAUCUAACCUCGACUUUAAAGAUGAAGAAAUUGAAAAUAUCGUAGGCGAAGAUGGUGAGGAUUCAGGUAAAAAUGAGCCAAUAACUUGGGAGCUCAAACUUUUCAUAUAUGAUUUGCUAAACUUAUUGUUGGAAAUUGCUCACCGAAGUACACCACUUCUUAAUCAAUUGACACCACGGAUACAAGACAUUGUAAAAAUUUCUUUCUUAGGUUCGACUUCUCCUAUCAAAGAGAUAAAAUUGAAAGGUAUCAACUUGCUUGACAAAACUCUUGGACUCUUUGGAAAUAUGGCCGAUCCCUUAUACCCUGGUGUUUCGAUAUUGGAGCAACAGCAAGCGCAAAUCAUUAGUGCAUUGAUCCCUUGCUUUAACGCGGAUAGCGAUUCUCAAGUCAUUGUCCAUGCAAUCAAUGUCUCCUCUAAAUUUAUCAACCUCCCUCGAAUUAAAUUUUAUUCGAAACAACGAAUCUUGAAAACCUUAAUUUUUUUGCUUGAAGAGGUUUCUUCUAACAAAUUUUUAAAGUUCGGAUUUUUAGAAGAUAUGUCUGAGUUCAGCAGGAAGUCAAUCCAGUUAUCUAUAUUAAAUUGUUGGGCAUUACUAAAAAUUGACUCUAAGGAAAAUCCUGAAAUUGCAGAGCCAGAAUUCUUGGAUGUUGUGGGGAAGUAUUCUGAUUUAUUGAAUCCUCUAUGGAUUUUAGUGUUGAGAGACUUUUCAGCAUUGAAAUAUAAUGAUAAUUCAAGUAAAGAGUUGGAGAUUUAUGAUAAGUAUUGGUUUAAUUUCAUAAAUGUCUUGUCUCUUGAAAUUGAACAAGAUAACCAGUUUGCGAAGAGAUACCUCUCUGAUGAUGCACCAAACUUUUUAUUUGUAUUACUAAGUCAAUGCGUUGAGUCGCUCAUAAAGAAUAAAAAUGUCCCAGAGAUCUUACUGUCACUAGCUAGAUUAGUUGAUAAUGAAGAUCUAGUGGACUUGAUAUUUAAUGAUGAAAUAUUUGACGAGUUAGUUGAUCUUUUUGAUAGAUUGAUAUUAUUGGAUGAUGACACUGAAGUACAAUGCAAGUUAAAUGAUAUAAUUAAUAGCAUUUUGCAGACUUAUGUACUGAGCCAUCCUAAGUCCUUUGAAGAAAAUCACGAUAAAUUACUUGAAUUAAUUAGACUCAAUAUGUUACCAUUGUUCAACAUGUUUCCUUUCUUGAGGGCGGAUUAUGAUGCAACGAACGCAGCCCAAAAAUUAGCUCUUAAGCAUGUUAGCAGUGCCUCCAAUUUGCUCAUUUUUAAGAAAGAGUUACAGAAUUUGGUAGAUAUGAUAUCUAAGUUUCCGGAAGACGUAAAAGGUGAUCUUUACUCUUGUAUUUUGUUUAUUUUUGCUAAGAUAUACGAGUUCGGCAAUGAACUUCUAAUUCAAACAUUGUUGCCACAUUUGAAAAAAGUUGUUACGGAGUCUGCCAAUCUUAACCAGAAACUUGUAUGGACAUUUGAAAAAACUAUUUCCACUCAUUUCAAAAUAGAUUCUACUAAAGCUUAUACUGUUCUUACCAAGAUAGUUUUAAUCACGAACGGCAAUGUAUCAUUGGACGAUGUUGAUUCUAAAGAUUUGGCUAAGGCUUUGCUUGAGAUGGCAAAGUCGAAGGAGACUGCUUCAAUUUCAUUGCACUGUGUGAAGACGUUAACACAGUAUUUUCUGAAAACUGAAAAUGAAUCACUGGUGUUGAGAUACUUGGUCAGGGACGUGGUUGACCUACUCGUACAUACUUCGAGUAACGAAGAUAUUGAUCCUACACCUUUCUUUGAAAUGUUAUUUUUAUUUUCCAAAACCAAAGUAAAAGAUGAGGCUAAGCUUUCAACCCUAUACUCCAUAAUUAUACCCUUGUUGAUAAGGUUUAAUACGCAGUUACCCAAGUCAUAUUUACAUGAAAGACUUAUGUUUCUAGUUCAGCAGAAUUCUAACUGCUUUAAGAUCGUUGUGAAUACCGUUAUUUCAAAGACGCAGAGGCAGUCAGCAGAGGAGCUACUUAUGUAUAAGAAAACUGACGAAGACUCCACGAAUAUUCUCGAAGAUGAGCCUGAAAUACAUCUAAAGACGUUUGGUACUUAG